AGACGUGCCAAACGUUUACUACAAUGGGCCCUACUAAAUCUGCCUUCCUACGUACCCCCUUCUAUUUGUCAAACGCCCAUCAAAACCUUCACCAUCUCUAAUGGCUAUCAUGCGCACGAGGAGUCUUUUAACCUCACCAUCCGAAGCACCGCCUCCGUCUCCGAUCCCUACAGGAAGAGGUUCGCGCUCCGCUGCCAAUUCGAUCUUCUCCGAAAACCUCAGCCGAUCGCUCAAAAUCCCCAAACUGUCCCUCCCCGAGUACGUUCACCGUUCGGUUCCGGCUGAUAUUGAUCGCGAAUCGCUUGCUUCGAGAGAACCCGAUUCGGUGAAGCGCAUUCUGAGAUGUGCUGCCGAGUUUGGAGUUUUUCGGAUUAGCAGGCACGGGAUUUGCGUUGAGGAGUUGCGAUCGGCUUUGGGUGAAUCGGAUGCGGUUUUUCGGAUUCCGGAUUGCAAAAACAAGGAUUGUCGCCAAGAUUACGGCGGUCGUGAGGAGUUUGUGUGGCGGCGUUUCGAAAAGGCGGUGGAGGAACGGGUGCGGAAAGUGAUCGGAGCUGGGAAGUAUCGGAGGUUAAGCCAAAUGAUUGACAGUGUUGCCAAACAACUUGAAGCCAUUGCAGGAGAAUUGGCCGAGGUCAUAUCACAGGGUGCAAAUAAGCAACUGAUCCACAAGGGAAUUCAACCAAGAGAAUCAACUCUCAGCUUAUAUAGAUAUGAUCACGAUGCUUUCAUGGGCGAGCCUCCACCUCUGUCCAGUGACAGACACCGUGAAUCACGUUAUGAACAUGCCAUAAGCCUCCAUCUUCUUGUUGAUCAAUGCGAGUUUCAUGUCCAAUCCGAACGAGGACCUUUGUCAUUCAAUGCAGGCCCAGACACUAUUGUUGUCACAAUAGGAACACAACUUGAGGAAUGGAGCCUUGGAGAGUUUAAAUCUGCUCAUGGCCAUGGGGAACUUACCUUUGAGCCAAACCUUUCUGGUACCGGAGCAUCAUUCUCAAUCGAGCUCAACUGUUCACCUUCAAGGUUCAGUCAUGGUUUUGGCAAGAUUAAUAAGACAAUCCUAAUAGCAGACCAAAUCUUAUUCGUCAUCAUCAUUGUGCUCGUAUGUAAUAUUUUUAUGUUUAUAUUUUAUUGAUUGCCAAGAACAUAAUUGCAUUUCGGAUGUGAUACACAGUGUCACAAUGAGUGUGAGCCCUUGACAUGUUGGUGCUUAAUUAGGCAUCAAGAUUCAUUCGAUAUGAUAUUUUUUGGGGACAAAAUUUGAUGUACAGUUAGAUGUUGUUUGAACU